GAAAGAUUGCAAAGUAGGGAGGAAGCUCCGCACAGGUGACGGUGGCGGUAUUCAGGAGGCCUUGGCAGGAGAAGAGGGGAUGCCCAGGAGGGACAGGCAGCAGUCGCAGCACUUCCACUACUUCAACAGUUGAGUGCGGCUUUCUCCUCAGUUACAAGAUGAUGUACGCUGGGAGACAGAUAACGUUAGCCACCCUGGUCCUGGUUGUGGUGACGGUCCACGUGAGUGCGCUGCCCAACCACCUCAAGGCGGUUGUCAUCGACACAGAACCGGAUCUUGUUCCUGUCAAAAAGGCCACGGUGGUUUCAGCAUCUUUUGGCGGGUACUCAGCCAAGGCGGGAUUGGGAGGUUCAGGCAGCACUGGAGGGUUAUUUGCUGCCGCCGACUCGCCCCAUGGGAGCGCCAGCGCGGGAUUGGGAGGUUCAGGCACCACGGGAGGGCUGUUCGCUAACGCCGACUCGCCCCAUGGGAGCGCCAGCGCUGGCCUCGGUGGCUCAGUGGCCUCAAGCUCGGCCACAGGUGGCCUGGGGGCUGCAGCCACAACCGGAGAUGUCGACGUCCACCAUAAACCCACAGGUGGCCACAAGCCCGUCCAGUACGGCCCGGGACUCUUCGACAACAUAUUUAAUAUCCCUAUAUCUGUGCUGCAAGCUGUCAACACUUAUCUGAACAACAGAGGACCAGUAACAAAGCCGAUACACAGGAGGAGAGGUCACCAGCCGCGCCAUCCUGUCGUCUACAAGACUGUGUGACUCCUGAGCAAGCUAGCCCUGCGGUCCCUGACAGUCCAGUACCGGAAGCCGCAGUUGUAGCUCACAAGUCCGCUGGAGCAGAGGCUGGAGGAGUAGCCACUGGAAUAGUGGCUGAAGGAGCCACUGGAGCUGCUGGAGCCCACCAAGGUCACAGGCCUAUCGUAAUCCAAAAGAGGGUCAACUAUGAUGACAUCUUCAAUAUCCCAAUAUCAGCGUUAAAGUCAGUGAACCAGCUGUUAAACCACGGGAGGAAGUAAACACCUUAAAGAGGUAGCCUGUGGAAGUGACAGUACCACCAUGCGCGGCUCCACUCGCAGUUUGGUGUCAGCACUCAUUCUACUUUACAAAUUAUCUUUAUUUAUUAAAAAAAAUUAUAAGUUCA